UGAAGACAUACUAGAAUGUCUGAGACAGCACAUCUAAUCUGAAAAUCUCAGUUCAAAUGUCUAUAGUAUAGGAUGAGUUCUUACCUAGAUCAAGAGACCAAAACCUUAGCAAUAUCAAACAUCCUUUCUCCUUAAGAACCACUGAUACCAAAAUACACCUGAGAAUCGAAUCCAACAUACAUAUUGUUUUAAUAGUCAAAUUAGAAGUAUUGAUCCCUUCUAGUUUAUAAUUGGAACACACUUUACAAAUUCAUUCAUAAGAUCUAGAAUUUCUACAAACUAUUAUUGGUUUAGAUGGUAGUUGAAUAGGUAUCAGUCAAAAUUAUAUGAUAUCUAACAAUAGACAUAACUGAGAGCUUGAGGUCCACCUACAUAACUGGUUAUUCAUAAACAACUACCAAAUUUGACUACCAAACACUGGACUCACUUGAAACCCUUCAUGGGGUUUAUACUUACUCCCAACUCUCAUUUCAUCCUCAAUAGGAUAGCAAAUCUGAUAUUUUUUGAAAAUAUUAAUGGGUAGGUUUGAAAUUGAAAUAUUUAUUCUUUUGUCUCCUUCUCAUAAGACUUUUAAUAAAGCUAAGGCCAGGAAGGUGGUUUCACUUUAUAUAUUUGCCUGUAUUUGAGGUUCUCUGUACCAAUUCUGGUGUGUUGCCAUUUAAGUUUGUUUGCUUUUCUUUAAUUUCAAUUAAAUUUCUUUGACUGUACAUUUUUUACUUUUGAAAUUAUGAGUUUAUUUAUUUUCAAGUUUUUAUUAUAGACAUCUAAUUCAAGUUGGUUGCCAUUUAAUUUAUUGGUUACAUAUAUUAAUUCCUAUAAAGAAAAUAAAAUAAAAUAAAUAAUGGUAGUCUGUUGAGUAUUUAAUUUGCCAUUAAACACCUCUCUUGUUCUUUCCCUCCUUAGGCAAUUAAUUAACCAUCUAAUAGUGUAUACUUCAGUUCAAACUUUAUGGUUUUCUCUCUCACUCAUAAUUAAAUUAAGCCUUAAUGAACAAUCUAUCUCUCUCUUUCUCUUUUAAGUUUAUGUCUGUGUUCUUUCUUGUAUAUAAAGACCUAAGCUGAAGCAACCCAACCACCAGUGAGAAGAGAGACUCUUUGUGAUUGAAGUUGGAAAAGUCUUUGAGAUCACGGAAAACACUCCCUCUCAAUCCGCAGGUUUCAAGAAAGAUGAGUCGAAGAAGUCCAAAGCCCGAGAUGAAGCUGAAUCUUUCGCCGCCUACGUCAAGCAGGAGGAGGGUUGUUCGAUCUCCAAGCCGCUCUGCGACAACAUCACCUACGUCACCGCAAAGCUCGUGUGUCUCUUCGGAGAUGAACCAGGACGAUCAGUCUGUGAGGUACUCGACAAGUCCAGAGACAAGCUCGAUGGUUCUUGUCGGGUGUCCUCGUUGUCUCAUGUACGUUAUGCUCUCACAAGACGACCCUAAAUGCCCUAAAUGCAAAAGCACCGUUCUUCUUGAUUUCAACCAUGAAAACGCCUCAAACGCCAACGCUCCAGCCGCUUCUUCCUCUGGUCGCAAGACUCGGAGGAACUGAAAAGACCAGUAAAACCAAAAACCCAUGUCUUUUUUAUUUAGUUAUUUAUCCUUUUUAUCUUUGCGAAUGUAGCUGUUGUUUAUGAGAGUAGUGCUAAUCACGCUCCACUUUAUAAACUUGGAGAAGAAGGUACGUAAGAGAUGAAACUAGGGUUUUCAUACUCACAAAACUUCAAAUAAAAAAGGGUGGAGCGUGAAUAGCACUAUCUUUUCUUUUUCCUAUCUUUCCUUAACAUUUUUCUACCAUUUGAGGGUUAUCUAAUGGAAGAAGAAUCUAUCUGUACGUGAAAAUGUGUGUCAUUGUCUCCAUAUUCUACUCCUGAGUCUUAUAAAUCGUUUCAUCCAUCAAAGUUAUGGCAACCCUCGUAACGGAACCGAUGACUUAUAUUCCAAAUCUUUUUUGGGGUACUCUGCCUCUCAUAUGUAUAAGAGAAUUAGACGUUUUGUGUUUGACUAUAAGAAAAGUAGACAUUCUUGGCGUAGCAUAAAGAUUACGUACCAAUCACGAAAAGGAAGAUCUAAAAUUGACCUUGUGAAAUAUGUAGUAGCUUGAUCCUAAUCCCCAGGAAAAUCUGAAGAGAAAACUAUAUAGAUUCCUUGUACUUGUUGAAAAAGCAGUUCAGAUGAGUGAAGAAAGAAUGGUUAGAGAUCAGACGAGAACUUCUUAUUUAGUCCCACCUUGGUAACUUUGGCCUCAUACACAAAAAUUCCCUUGUUUUUCAUGUGUGUGUUUUUUUUAAAAUUUUUAUGUUAACUCAAAAGAACCCAUAACAAUAUUUUUGUCCUCAGCAAUUGCAUGUUUGAUUAAAGACAAAAAAAAGCAGACAAACCUAGGACGGGAGUUUGCAAAUGGCAAAAACAAUUAUCAGGGAAGAAAAGUGAUAAGAUGUAAUCUUUUUUUUUUUCAUUUAUAAUUAGCUAAACAUAGUUAGAUACUUUAGAUUAGGUGUUUCUGAGCAUGCAACGUGUAAAAUGCUAUGAUUGUAUUUGUAGAAUCUAUACAAAAAUCUGCCGACGAAGUACAAACAAGUAAAAAAUGAAAACUGGUUAAAAUCGAAGAGGAAAGUAGUUCAGAGCAUUUAAAUAAAAUCAGAGGAAGGUGCAUCAGUUUGUAUAUAACAGCUGUUCAAAUUGUUAAGAUUUAAAGAUCAUUAAAACCAAAAUAUAAAUGCAAUAGUAAUUGAGACAGUUGUGAAUUGUAAUGAGCGUUACGUCAGAUUAUAAAUACGACUUUAAUUUCACCUUCAUUGCUCUCUUCUAGCUCACCUCUUCAAAGAACGAAACAAUAAUUAUGUUCAUGAUGAUGCUGCGAAUUUUAUUUCAUUUCUCUACUUCUUAACUUUUUUUUUAUAUUUCUCUUCGUCAUUACACUACUUGGCUACUUGCCAUGUCUUCAAAAGAACUCCAUUUCUCUUCUUAUCAUUCACUAAAUGCCACCUUUCUAUUGCCGUGUUCCCUUAAUUCAAUGCUUGCUUCCUACCUCUCAUUUUCUCAGUUAUGCCCGAUCAUUUGAUUAACAUUCUACUUUCAUAGAGUUUAUAAACCCCACACAGAACCAAACUAGUUUGAUGGUAUUAACUUCAUUAGGUUAGUGGAACUGACAUAUCAUAUCAUCAACCAAAAUAUAUAAUUUUCUCAUUUCUGAAGAGAAUUAUUAGAGAGCUCGGACGUUGGGGAAUUUUGUAUUAGGCCGUUCUAGAAAAAAAAUUAAAAAGGGAACAAAAAUAUAUACUCUCUAUAAAUCAGUUAGACUUUAAAAGUUAAAAGAAUUUUUUUUGCUAAGUUAGUUAAAGUAUUGUUGUUUGCACAAACGUUCUUGUUACAUCUAUAAGUUCCAUCAACUCUACUCUAAUAAACCAUCUAAUCAUAUUCAUGUUGGAUGUUAGAGAUGUGUAUAUGUGAGUUACAUGAUGACGAGAGGAGACAUGUGAGUGAUGAUGCGAAGAUUAGAUUGGCGUUUGGAGGGUGGAAUACUAGAUUUGAUGUGGACCCCUUCGCAAAUAUGAGGUCCAUCAAAGAUAUUUGAGGACCGCUCAAAGAGGUAUUUGGUCACAGCGCAAAACUAUUAGAAACGUUCUUAUUCUAUCGCAUGCAAUUGCACGUCCACAAAUAGAAAGCAUGCAAAAUCUAUCCCACUCUUGAAUUAAUAUAUGGCCAAUUACCUUUAUUAGUUAUAGACUUUCUGAUUCUUAAGAUAUAUAUCAAUGCAUAUCUAGCCUAAUUAAUUAGUUACAAAUGUAUUAUUAAUUUAGAUAAUUGUAUCUCGACGUGUUCACUCCACAUCCGAAAGUGUUAAUCCCACACAAUUCGCCGUCCACGGGGUUUAUAUAUUUUGACUAGUCACAGUCGUUAUAUUUAUAUCUAAGAAAAAUUAGGUUUCAUCAUAAUCACUUAUCGACAAUUCAAACAUAUUAUUCAUUAGCGUUUGUGAUCACAUUUAGUGGUGGAGUACGGAGAAACGUACGUACAUUUUAUACUAUAGUUGAGUUUUCCGGAUAUUGCCGCUGCCUAAGCGUUAGCUUUCAUGUAUUGUUCUUUAAGAUGAUCGUUAACGUCUUUGCCACUAAUACCACACAGAAAAAACUUCACCCUUAAGAAAUUUGACCAAGCUAUAAAGAGGAUAUGUCAUAAUUUUAUUUCAAUGUUUUGUUUUCUUCUAAUUAAUUAUUUAAUUUAUUGCUUCUAUAAAUGCAUUAAUACUUGAGUGGUUGAAAUCUAAUUAUGCUAUUCUUUAUUGUGAGUGCAGUACACAUUUAAACUGCAAUAGUUUUCUUUGUAUCUUCUAUAUUUUCUCUUUUUUUUUUUUUGUAAACCGAGUAUCCUGCCUCCACCGAAGUGGUCCAGACUAGAGACCGAAGUGAGCAUGGACGCUGACAGGACGUCACCAUGUAGCUCACCGUGUAAUGGUCUUCGGUCUCGGAUGCUGCAGCCCAUAUGUAAAUUUCGCAGUAGCCAAGGUUCGAACCCAGGGGCGGGCACUCCAGCGGGAUAUUUUCUCAUUUUUUACGUACAUUUUUGUAUUGAUUCAAUAUGAAGAGCAAUACUGACAGGAUAUUAAACGUAAUUUGUUUUUUUCUUAAUUUCUUGCAUUACCAUUAUUAAUAAAAACAAAUACCAUGAAUAUCUAUAUUAAUAAAGUUGCUCAGAAACUCUCUUCCUUGAGCCACCUCAGCAGAGGGUGUUUUAAAAUUGGACACGUGUCCUUUUCUUUUAAACCAUUUGAAUUUCCUUUCGCAAUUGUUUAGUGGGCUAAGUGUUUGUAAUUAUUUAAUGGAAUGGGCUCCAACGCAGAGCCACAGAUGUUGAUGAUUUUUGACCGACCGUCUUCUCUGUGUGAAACGCUCGCGGUCCAGCUUCUCAUCCUCAUUGAUGCUUCUGAGAAACGUAUACAGUUAUGGCAUUCAUUCAAUAUUGAACUGCUAUGCGUCUUUAGUUCUCUUUAAUUAUCGAUCUCAUCGUCGUCUUUAAUUAAUAAGCUACGAACUUGAGAAAGACAAUCUUUCCAGACUCUCUCUUGCUACCGUCAAGUCUCCCCUUUGAGAUGCCAAGUCUGUACUUCGUGGAGAUUUUCGGUGGAUCAAGACCUACAAGUUUAUCUUUUGGGCACUCAUAUUCCAUGGAAAGAUGUAUUUCGGCAGAUAUCUCCCUUGGAAAGAGCCUCCCUUCAGUAUAACAUCUAUAAUAUUCUCGCCGACGAUCACUGAAUCCCCGUUGCAACCUCCCUCUUGCUUGCAGAUUUGGACUUCACUAGAAUUCUUCAUCAUAAAAAGACGACCGCAAACAUGAAGUCAAACCUCUACUCGUGCAAAAACAAUCCGAUUCAGCCAUUGAGAAUCAGUUUCAUUUACUACAAGAAACAAUCCUUAGGUGAUUUGGCAAGUAAGAGCCUAAUACUUACGGUUUGAAAGAUGGAGAGCUAAGGAACAGAUGAUGUACACCAUUGGCAUGAAAAGAGAGACGUGCUGUGGAGAUAUAGGGUCCUCAAGCAUCUGGAAAAAAAAACUCCCGGCUGAAGCAUAGAGACAAAGAGGUUAUUGUAUGUCUUCAAAAUCUCUGACUCUCCCUCGCUAUCCUAUACCUGAUGAAAUGUUUAGGCUUCUCAACCUCCAGGUUUUUUUUUUACCUAAAUAGACUAUAGUUUUCCAAUAUCUGAAUGUAAUCAACUUGAAUUUUCAUAAACAUUAUUGGAGACUUGACAGCAUCAGAAGCUCUUUUAAUGACGACUUGCAAGGCAACCAGUGUGUUAUGGCAACAGUUCAGAUGGAAGGGUGAUUUUAACUCCUAUGAAACAAGAAUAGGCGCACCGAGUUACCACUCACCCACUUUGUAUUUUGCAGGGAUGUCUCUAUCUGCCUAAGUUUAUUUGACGGCUUAGCCUACAAAUUUCAUAAUAGUUUACAGGUUUUGAUACCGAACCAAGGUUGUUGUAGCUACAUACGUCAAUCCUAAAAUGGUUGGAGGUUAGAUUUUCUUAUUUCAGACUUUAUCUACUGCUCAAGGAACCAAUAGGCGUGCAUAGGUUGGUAUAAUGGAUAUAUAGUUGAGCCCCCAUCAUCUUCAUUUACGCCUUUUUUUUCAGGGCGGUUAUUUGCAAACGCAACAUCUGAGACUCAUAUCUACUUAGACUCAGAAACAGCUGCAAAACAGUGUUAUUAUGAGAUGUAAAUUAUCUCCAACAAUUAAUUUGAUUAUUCUACUGUGUAUAAUUAUUCCCAGUACUCAUAGUGAUCUUACUAAAAGCUAUGAAACACAUUAGAUUGGCUACUGACGGCUCAGCAGCACCAACAAAGCCAACAAAGUUACGUCAUGGGAAGAAAAUUGAAACCCUCACCGUCUCAGAGCUGAAUGAAUAUGUCACCACAACACAAUUUCACGUGUCAUACUACUCUAAUUAUGUUGUUGUGAUGUGUGAUCUAGGCAAUCGACUUCCUUUGUAUUGGCAAAGUUAUGGGAAUUCAAACUGACAAAGGCUGGUGUUACAUUGGUUGCUCUAAGAAGCUUCUGCAGGGUGAAUCUUCAUUCACACGCACUGUUUGCACAAACCCAAAUGUUGUUGCUUCUCUCAGGUGCCGUGUGGAGUUGACCAUUUUAGAUGAAACCGAGGAAGCUAUCUUCGCGGCUUUUUCCGAGAUGAUCAAGCUGACAACGUUCACACUUCUGAAGUUGGGCAACACAUGGUUCAUUUUCAACUAAUCCUCCUAUAAGUUAACAAAUUUCACCUUUUCCUACUUAACAUGUUUACCAAAAAAAGAAAUUUCAUCUUUUCCGGUGGUAAUUUUUUUGAAAAAACAUUAUUUCCCAUAUUCAGGGUGGAGGUUUUGCUGAGCAGCAGGAUAACAAGUUCCCAUUUAAUCACUGAAAUUAUCAUGAAUACUUACAUUUUCAGCUGAAAUUGUUUUCUUUUUAAUUUUACAUCAAAGCAUCAGACCUUAGCGUCUUGAUUUUGGUGUUGAUGUAUAUUUUUCUAAUUGGAAUAUAUACUAAUUCGCUGACUAAUUAAACGUUUGCAAAUACCUUUAGCAGGGAAGAGAAGAUGGGCCCAAAGACAAUAUGCCUGAAGCCAUCUCACUUGCCUCAGCUUCUGCUAAGCUAGGCAACAACAAUGCGAAGGAGACACCGUGAGUUACAGACUGCACACUGGGGAACCUCCCUGAAGUUGAUGACUUCAUAUCGUAGAAUCCAAAGCUCAAGACAAUUGAGCCUGCUGCUAAGAAGUCCCGUACGGAAUAGGUGAAUAUGGAAACCUUAUUUUACCAUGUUGCUGUCGUUUUUUUAAAUCAAAUAAUGCUUUGGCACUACUGUUACGUAUGUUGGUUGAGUUCUUUGCACUACUAAUAUAAGAAUAUUUCGAAA